AUGGAUUUCCUAGGUGAUGGGAACCACACUGCAGUGACGGAGUUCAUUUUACUGGGCUUAACAGACGACCCAGUCCUGCGAGUCAUCCUCUUCAUGGGCAUCCUGUCCAUCUACCUGGUGACCGUAUCAGGAAACCUCUGCAUAGUCCUUCUCAUCAGGGUCUCUUCUCAGCUCCAUCACCCCAUGUACUUUUUCCUGAGCCACUUGGCUUCUGCUGACAUAUGCUAUUCAUCCUCUGUCACACCCAACAUGCUUGUGAACUUCCUGGUGGAGAGGAACACCAUCUCCUACCUGGGAUGUGGCAUCCAGCUUGGAACAGCAACUUUCUUUGGACCUGUUGAGGCCUUUCUUCUGGCUGCCAUGGCCUAUGAUCGCUUUGUGGCCAUCUGUAGUCCACUGAUUUAUUCAGCGAAAAUGUCCACAGGAGUCUGUACCAAGUUGUUUGUAGUAGCAUACCUCGGGGGCUUUAUUACUGCUUCCUCUUUUACCAUUUCCUUCUUUUCUUUUGUCUUCUGUGGAUCAAACACAAUCAAUCAUUUCUUCUGUGAUUUUGCUCCUUUAGUUGAACUCUCCUGUUCUGAUGUCAGUGUCUCCAUAAUUGCUGCCUCAUUUUCUUCUGCCUUUGUCCUUUUGGUGACAGUGUCUGUCAUAGCCGUCUCCUACACCUACAUCCUCAUCACCAUCCUGAAGAUGCGCUCCACGGAGGGCCGCCACAAGGCCUUCUCCACCUGCGCCUCCCACCUCACCGCGGUCACUCUCUUCUAUGGAACCAUCACGUUCAUUUAUGUGAUGCCCAAGUCCAGCUUCUCCACUGACCAGAACAAGGUGGUGUCCGUGUUCUACAUGGUGGUGAUCCCCAUGUUGAACCCCCUCAUCUACAGUCUGAGGAAUAAUGAGAUUAAGGGUGCUCUGAAGAGAGUGCUCAGUAGAAAGAUAUUUUCUUAA